ACGUGGAUGUAAUCCUGUAUGCCACGUACAGAUUGCUACCUCCUAUAUAUAAACUGAACUCAGACAAGAACUCUGCAGAUCGAGCGGUAGAAUUCAGUUGCCAAUUAAAAUCGAACCGGUUCUGGGUUUUUUCUUCCAUUUUUUUAAUUUGAAGAUCUAUGGAAGCUACGAAAGAAGACAUAGGUUUGCUAAACAAAAUCAUCCCACCACGCCUCGAAGAUGCGGGUCUCGAAGACUGCGCUUUGCCGCCUGACGCCAUCAAAGAAGCCUUUUUUAAAGCCGUCUCCGUCGUCAAGUCAAGCGCCUCUUCUUUCUUACAUAGCGACGAUGAUGUGGAGGACUGCCUAGACGACCCUUGGCCUCAGGCCAAGGAGGUUUCCGACACGGUGGUCGGAGUUUCCUCGCCCCCGGAGGAGCAUGGGCCGUGCGGUGUAGUGAAGGGGGAUGGGGUUCUGGAGGAGGGUGAAGAUAAAGUGGUGGUUACGGGUAUAGAUGAGGUAGCAGAGGAAAAGUAUGACGUGGUGGUGGGUGGCGGUGACGUGACGGAGGGAAAGGGAGUGAGAGGGUGUGUUGAAGGGUUAAAGGGGCUGAAGAUCGAGGAGAAAGAGAAGAAUAAAAAAGAAAAUAAAGAGAGCGAAGGGCCCACUUUGGUUGAAGGAUUUGUGUGAGAUUAAUUAAUAGUAAUUUGUAGUAAUUAAUCAAAUGGUUUUUGUCUUUGUAGUAUUUUAGUGAAGAAAUGUUAACAAAUUUUCAUUGUGGUGUUGAA